AUGACAUCAUCCAUCAACUCAUCAACAGCCUCUUUACCGAGGCCCAAAACACCGAGCUCGGACCUGGACAAGGGUCUGAAGGCAUGGGCCAGCCAGGUCCUUGCCAAGAGGAGGAGGAACCUCUUGAUGAAAAGGAGGUCGAGCACGGCCAGCAGUGGGGAGACGAGCUCGAUGAAGAGCACUGACAAGUGGGGCCCUGCACCAAGAAUCCGGAAACCAAGGAAAUGGCUCCCAGGAACCGAGUGGGAUGAAAAUCCCGAAGACGACCCCUACACCCCAGAUCGCUGGGACGAACCCAUCAACGAUCAGGAUCGAAGUACCGAUCCUCGAUCAACAGUCACCGAAGGAGGCAGUGCUGAGGGACGAAAAUGGGCCCCCAGCACCAAGUGGAAUGAGGAUCCCAAAGACGACCCUUAUGAGGUCGACCAAUGGGACGACACCUCCGACGAGGGAGAAAGCGGUCCAGAUGGACCCUAUAUCAGACUUCUUCAAUGA